ACCAGACAACCUAGCAGCGAUGAGCUCAUAGUCUAACUCUAAUAAAAGCAGUGAUGGGGUCUCAGGACGUCUCCGGGAGCGAGGGCUGCCCUUUCUGCCAAAUAGCAAACAACCAGACUGACACAGAAAUCUUGCUGAGUGACGAUGAGCUUGUUUGUUUUCGCGACGUGAAGCCCGGCGCCACACAUCACUACCUCGUUGUUUCCAGGAGGCACAUUGACAACUGUAAAACUCUCCAGGGGGACAACAUCCCUCUAGUGGAGCGGAUGAAAAAAAUGGGAAGGAGUAUACUGGAGAAGAAUAAAGUCUGCGACCUAGAUGACGUCAGGAUGGGGUUUCAUCUGCCUCCGUUCUCAUCUGUUCCCCACCUCCACCUCCACGCUCUGGCUCCAGCCAGUAAGAUGAACUUAAAGUCGCAGCUUCGCUACGGGCCGCAGUCUCACUGGUUCAUCACAGUAGACAACGUGCUUUCUCAGCUGAGGACUCGCGGCAAGGUCAAAUGAAGAGCAUCAACGUAUUCAAAGGUGCAACAAUCCUGUUUGAUGUUGGCAGGUUAUUUCUUGUCAUUCUGCCUCACCAAGUGCAAUUUUAAAUCAGUUUUCCAUCUGUUUUAACAUUGUUGUAUUAAUGAGUUGAAAUUAUGUACUGUAUUCCUCCAUGGUGUGUGUUGACUCAGUUGGGUGGAAGCCGUAAAACUUUGAGUUUCCACGAAUAAUCUUUGAAAUGUGCAACCUAGUCCUUUGAAAUGUCAUGCUGUGUAACUAGACCAUCAACAAAUUUCAGCUUUUGGAAUAUUUAUAUUGUAUUGAAAUACAAACCUUGAACACUAAUUUGAGUACUGAUAACUGAUAUAAUAUAUAUAUAUAUAUACAUAUACAUAAAUCACAGAUGACAUAAAAAAAAGUCAUUUAUUGUACUUUUUUUCCAUAACUAAGUCGGUAUUUGUCAGGAAGGAACAAGCAAAAUUAAUUUCUUAUUUUUUAAAUUAUUUUUGUUUGAAUGUUAACUUUGUGUGUAUGAUUUGACAUCUUAUGUCAUAAUCUAUCUGAUGC